UACCACGAGAGGUAUCGAAACGUAGCUGUGAUGUUCGCUUCCAUACCAAACUACAAGGAGUUCUAUGAUGAAACAGAUAUUAACAAGCAAGGACUAGAGUGUCUAAGGCUUCUUAAUGAAAUUAUUUGUGAUUUCGAUAAGUUGUUGCUGAAGCCGAAGUUCAGCAGAAUAGAAAAAAUCAAAACCAUAGGAAGUACGUACAUGGCAGCUGCGGGACUACAGCCGGGAAGAGAAGAGAACGGAGACCUGUCUCGGCAAGGGCAUAACGUUGUUGCGCUAACAGAAUUUGCUAUUGCACUCAUGGCAUUGUUAGAUCAAAUCAACAGGGAAUCAUUUCAAAGAUUUAGGCUUAGAGUUGGUAUUAACCACGGUCCAGUAAUUGCUGGUGUCGUAGGGGCACAAAAACCGCAGUACGAUAUCUGGGGUAACACAGUCAAUGUCGCCAGCCGGAUGGAUAGUUGUGGGGUCAUGGGGAAAAUACAGGUCACUGAAGACACAGCAAAAACACUCAUGGAGCAUAAUUACGAGUGUGAAUGUCGAGGGACAAUCUACGUCAAGGGCAAGGGCAACUUGACGACCUAUUUUGUGAAAACUCAGUUCGACCGACAUGGAGAUUGCUGA